GAGCCAGCUGUCAGAGCGGGCGGCGGUGUGGAUGGUUUCACCGGCAUCAUCGAACGCUUGUCCUAGGUCCGCAGGGCUCAUCUGAGCAGAAAGAAGGGGGCAUCGGAAGGUGUGGGCGAUCUGCUGCUCUGUCGUUGGUGGCGACUGGCAAGGGGUGGCGGACAAACCCAGUACCAAGCGGAUCGGAAAGAAGACGGCCUUAAUGGCCGCCAAAGUUGCCAGCUGGACAAAGUAAGCGAGGGACUAGCUGAACGACGGUAAAUCAGACUUGAUCAAAUUGCUUUCCCCAGAACUUUGCAAAUUGCUUAUGGUAGAUGCGUUAAAGAAGAAUUGCGGAGAGGGAAAGCCUGGAAAGAGAGAAGUCGAAGGAGUGGAAGAGAUAACAGCGAGUCAAAGUGGCAGGAAGAAUGCCCGGAAGGGCUUGACGUGGAGGAGCCAGGCUGCUUUGGAUCGAAAGACUUGACGCUUUAAACCACAUAAAAGUAUACGAAUUAACUUUUAUUUUAUUUAACUUUUAUUUAACUUUGUUUGUCUUCGGGCUUCGAUUUGUUUGCUGAGUGGAUUGGUCAGUUUAAAGGGGACGAUCUUCUUCUUUGGAGCUCUUGGUUUUCUUUUUUUCCUCUCUUUUCUCCGGAAAGAAAUAGAAACUCCAUGAUAGAAUGUAACUGGAAUGUUAUAGAGACUUUUAAUUCUUGAAAACGUUGCUGAUAAGAUUGACGGACCAGCUUGUGUGCUGCCACUGCCUUUCCCCCCAAGAGGGCUGGUUUGUGUGGAGAAAGAAUAUGGCAGCAUGGAAACCACCACUGCAGGAAAGAAAGUGGAGAAAAGAUCUGGAGGCCUUCCAAUGGAGAUACUGAAGAUGUUUUUGUUUCUCAUGAUGUCUCUUUUGGUUCUGGAGUUCAAUGAUUCCAAACAAUUGUCAAGAACAAAGAAAGAAGUGAACCCUGAAACAUUCAUGAAUAUUAGUGAGGUCUUACAAUAUCAUGGUUAUCCUAAUGAGGAACAUGAAAUCCUGACAAAUGAUGAUUACUUCCUUACUAUCAACAGAAUUCUUGGAAAGAAAGCCUCAGCUUCAAAACCUGCUGUGUUACUGAUGCCAGGAAUUCUUACAGAUUGUGGAAUAUGGAUAACUAAUGAACCCAAUAGCAGCUUAGGUUUUAUACUGGCAGAUGCUGGCUUUGACGUUUGGUUGGCAAAUAACCGAGGAAGCAGAUGGUGUAAAAGACACCAGCACUUUUCACAUAAAGAAGAAGAAUUCUGGAAUUUCAGUUUUCAUGAAAUGGCAAUGGAAGAUCUGCCAUCUAUUAUAUAUUUUAUCCUAGCUAAAACUGGACAGAAACAACUUUAUUAUGUUGGCUAUUCCCAAGGAUCCACUAUAGGAUUCAUUUCAUUUUCAGCUAUGCCAGCAUUAGCUGAAAAAAUAAAAAUCUUUUUUGUAUUUGGUCCAAUAUAUUUGGUGAAUCAUGUCAAACCAUGGUAUAAGAUGAUAAUUGACAUGAAUCAGGAUAUUAUAAAGGUUACAUUGGGCAGAAAAGAAAUUUGCUUGCUGCCUAAUAACAUAACAAGAAUAUUGGCCACUAAGUUUUGUGACAUGGCUUUAUGGAGAAAAACAUGUGCGAAUAUUGUAUUGUCCGGUGGUGGAAUUAGUGAAAACAAUGUAAAUAUGAAUCGUCUGGAUGUCAUUGUAUCACAUUUAUUUGGAUGUACAUCAGCAAAAACUCUUUUACAUUGGAAACAGGUUUAUGAAACUGGGCAGUUUAAAGAAUUUGAUUAUGGUUCUAAGAAUAUGGAAAAAUACAAUCAGAUGAGCCCUCCCUUUUAUGAUAUAAGAAGCAUGAAUAUCCCAACCAUCAUGUGGAGUGGUGAAAAAGAUAAAAUUUCUACACUAAAGGAUACCGAACUACUUCUCCCUCUUCUUAGUAAUCUGAUCUCCUACAAAAUAAUUCCUCAUUGGAAGCAUUAUGAUUAUCUUUUUGGGCUUGAUGCACGUCAAAAAUUGUAUGAUGAGCUUGUUGACAUAAUUCAGAAUUUCCCAUAACCUGGGGAUCAUCUAAUAAGUCAGCAGCAAACAUGGCACUCCAAAAUGUUUCUUUAACAGACAAAAUGCAUGCUUCACUAAAGCAGAAUUGUCUAAUUCUUUUAUUUGGUUAUUUUUUUAAAAGAUACCUUUUAGAAAAGUUAAUGUAGAUGCCUUGAAACAAUGCAACCUGGGGAUUCUAAACUUUGGGAAGACUCACAGGGUAAAGUGUAAUAAGAGAAAGAUGAUGUCAAACUCUAAGAGCUGAAUGAAGAUUCUCACAAUUUAACAGACUUUCCCUUCUUCUAGUUUCAAUUGCAAAAAGCAGUGUUCAGGAAGGACGUGUUAAAAAAACAACAACCUCAAAAUGGUAGCUGUGAAAAGAUGACCUAAGCUUUGCCUUUCAUUGUACAUGUCUUAGCCUUGCAUGCAUUUCUAAAGGGACUGGGUGUUGUGUCCUGAGCCUGCAAAAGCAGGCUUGGGACAUUGCAUUGGUCCCGGGCAUUCCAAAAGCUGCCCAGGACCAGACAAAGCGGUGCCAGCCUUGUGCACAUGCGCAAGGUGCGAAAAUGCUCUGUUCCUAUUGGUUGACGUUGUCCGGGUUUCUGGCCAUGUAAAAAGGCCUGUGUGCCUUUUGAUUUUGCUUAGUUAUUGUAGAAGGUGAAUAAAGCGUUUGUUCAGCAUU